AGUUGGGAAGCUGAGGUGAGUUAACUUACCCAAGGUCAAACAGUCCAAAAGGGUAAAGCUGUAUUUUCCUGUUCCUAAUCCAAAGUUUUAAAAAUGUUUUCAGUGAAACUUUCUUUCCUUUAUGAAAGUCUUAGAGGUUGGAAGCACCUGAGCCCUAUGCAAGGACAAAGAACUCAGGAGUGAUCGCCUCUCUUAUUCAUACAGAAGCUGAUUUUAAGGAAAAACCUACUUCAAUCCAGUCCAGGGUCUGGCUCUAAACCAUAGCAAGUGUGUGGAAGCCCCUUUUCUGUCCACAUGAGGGCGGCAUUGAGUCAGCAAGGGCUUCCAGCACCUAGCCUGGACUCAGACAGGAAGCCCUUGUGGGAACAAUUUGGAAUGGGGACAGGGACCCUGGAAGUGUCAUCUGGAAGGAUAACCUGGGGUCUUUGACUCAGGUCACAGCGUGGUCAGGGUGCUGACUUCACUCCCUCAGUCCCAGUCUUCUCAGAGACUGGGCCCCUCUGGUCCUCCUCUCUCUGCUUUCUGGUUCCCUUUGUCAUGCUUCCACUCACCACCUCUGCCUACCCCUGCCAGGCCCAUCUUCAGGAAACAGGCCCAGUUGCCAUGGCGACCAGAUGGUCAGCAUUCUCCUUUCACAGGCCCCUCCCUUCACCCCUCUUUUCUCUGGGCUUUGGUGGGGGGGGGUGAGGCGGUAAUGUGUAUGUAUGGAGAGAGGUGAGGGGGUCUUUAGCUCUUGGGAACUCUGGGGUUGGCCCAAAGGAGCUGGACCAGCUCUCUUCCAAAGCCCCCUGAAGUGGGGGCAGGAGGCAGUGGGGCUGGAGAAGAGAAGGAAGAUUAGAACAACUAAAUGGGGAAUGUGAAGAUCCUAUGUGGGUUAGAAAAGGACAGGGUUAGGACCUCUGCUCUCUGCCUGCAGUGAGGACUGAACUAAGUGGAAUGAACUGAAACCAGAAGAAGAGAAUUUGGAGUUAGUGGUGAGGCAGGAGUUCCCAAAAAUCACUGGGGGGAGAGCGACAUUGGAAUGAGCAACCACGUGAGGUUCUUCCAGGGGGAGAGGAAGAACCAUACCUUUUGGGAUCAUGCCUUUCCUCUGUUUGGACAUCAAGGAUGGAUUCACUGACCUUGGGAGGAUCAGGCAGGCUGGAGAGUUCAUAAGUGCCAGGCAGACCAAGAGCCUCCAUCACCUUGCCUUGAAAGGGAAGAGUAGGAAAAUGGAGGCAGGACCAGGAGUCGGGGGGAUGUGGGGUGUGGGGAUGGAAGCAGAGACUCUUCUGCCCCAGAUGAGGGUCAGGACCAUAAGCAGAUCAGUGUGAUUUUGGAUAGGAAAGAUCUGGAUUCUAGGACCACUGUGUGAAUACUAGCAGGUGACCUUGAGCAGGCCACUCACACUCCCCGUCUUGGUUCCUUGUGGGUAAAUGGGGAGUCGCUACAUGUCGAAGACACACAUGACAUGCAAUAGGAUUCCACAGUGACUGCACACACAGAUUGAUCAAGUGUAGCCUUUAUCCUUUUCUAUCAUAAGACUGGUUUCCAUGUCCUCCUUUCCCAUUUGACUUUAUGCUCCUUGAGGAUAGGAAACUGUAUUUUGCAUUUUUGAACAGGGCACACAGUAGGUACCCACUACUUAUUUGUUAAAUGGAUGCAUUCAGAAGUGAAUGAAUGAAUGGCAGGGCAGGGAAAAACCCUGUGGCCUGAAGGGACAUGUGACCUGCAGUUACUCAGCCUGGUCUGUGGUCUCUGACUUUGCCUUCUAUACCCACAGAAGAAAGUCAGAGCCUUAGAGAUGGUCCAACUUUCUCACCGCACAGAUGAGGAGACAAAGGCUCAGAGGGGGGAAGGCACUUGCCCAAGGUCACACAGCUAAUGACAGAGCCAGAAUUAAGAAUUUGGACACAGGUGUCCUGAUCUCCAGUCUAGGGCAAUGUACACACUACAUUGCUUCUCUGGGGCUGUUCUUCUAGGGUAGAAGAUGGUUCAGUGAAGGCUGAUUUAAAUGCCCUCUCUUCUGCCCUCUGUUAGUCCUUUCUCCUAUCUAGCUCUGAUCAUUUCCCUUUCACCCUAUUCCUUCCCUGUUCAGCUGGGUCUGGCGUCUGAAGUCUGGCACCUGCCUUAACCCUUUACCAUCCACCUGGGAAUAAGGAUUCUCCUUAGGGUUCCAAGGCUUAACUUCCUUUCCACAUCCUCUGCCAUGGGAACUUGUGGGAACGAAAGAUGGAGAGCGAUGUUGGCUGAACCUUUGGCGCCCCCUCCGCGGAGAAUGGAUGGAGAGGAGUUUCGGCUCAGAUCUUCCUAGGAUCGCGGGGGGUGCAUGUGGAUAAGGGGUGCGGGGAGCCCCUGUUGCUUUUCUCCUUCGGGGUGUCUCUGUGGUAGGCUUGGGGAAGGCGGAGUUUGGGGGGCCGGGGGCGGGGCUCCUGCGCUGGGAGGAAGGGCGGGGCGCGCUGGCUCCAGCUCUGCUCAGACAAAAGGCGGCGGCGGGAGCGGGCGGGAGGCGGAGCGGCGCCGCGAGGGCCUCAAGGUGACACCCGCCCCCGGCCCCGGCCCCCCCAGCCCGGCCCCCAGCCCGCCUCCCCAGCCCCAUUCCCUAGCCCCCUUACCCGUGGUGCCCUUUCCAGGCCCCUCCCCCGGCGGGGGGUGGGGAGCAGCGAGGGCCCCGCCCCCUCCCGCCCCCUCCCCAGGGCCCGCGCAGGAUGCCCGCGGCCCCCGGCAGCCCCCCGGGAGGCCCUGAGCUCGACGCACCCCCUCUACGCCAUGUCCCCCCCUGGCUCGGCCGCGGGAGAGAGCGGCGGCGGCGGCGGCGGCGGCGGUGGCGGCCCCGGGGUCCCGGAAGAUCCCACGGCGGCGGCGGCGGCGGCGGACGAGGGCCCCGCCCGAGAGGAGCAGCGUCCCAUCCAGCCCUCUUUCACCAAGUCCCUCUGCCGUGAGUCCCACUGGAAGUGCCUGCUGCUCUCGCUGCUCAUGUACGGCUGCCUGGGGGCCGUGGCCUGGUGCCACGUCACCACGGUGACCCGCCUCACCUUCAGCAGCGCCUACCAGGGCAACAGCCUCAUGUACCACGACAGCCCCUGCUCCAACGGCUAUGUCUACAUCCCCUUGGCCUUCCUGCUCAUGCUGUACGCUGUCUACCUGGUGGAGUGCUGGCACUGCCAAGCCCGCCAUGAGCUGCAGCACCGAGUGGACGUGAGCAGCGUGCGGGAGCGCGUGGGCCGCAUGCAGCAGGCCACGCCCUGUAUCUGGUGGAAGGCCAUCAGCUACCACUACGUCCGCCGCACCCGCCAGGUCACCCGGUACCGCAACGGAGACGCCUACACCACCACCCAGGUCUACCAUGAGCGCGUCAACACGCACGUGGCUGAGGCCGAGUUCGACUACGCGCGCUGCGGCGUCCGUGAUGUGUCCAAGGCGCUGGUCGGGCUGGAGGGCGCGCCGGCCACGCGGCUGCGCUUCACCAAGUGCUUCAGCUUCGCCAGCGUGGAGGCCGAGAACGCGUACCUGUGCCAGCGCGCGCGCUUCUUCGCCGAGAACGAGGGCCUGGACGACUACAUGGAGGCGCGCGAGGGCAUGCACCUCAAGAACGUGGAUUUCCGCGAGUUCAUGGUGGCCUUCCCCGACCCGGCCAGGCCGCCCUGGUACGCCUGCUCGUCGGCCUUCUGGGCCGCGGCGCUGCUCACGCUGUCGUGGCCGCUGCGCGUGCUGGCCGAGUACCGCACGGCCUACGCGCACUACCACGUGGAGAAGCUCUUCGGCCUGGAGGGCCCGGGUUCCGCCGGCGGCAGCGCGGGCGGCGGCCUCAGCCCCAGCGAUGAGCUGCUGCCCCCGCUCACGCAUCGCCUGCCGCGGGUCAACACGGUGGACAGCACCGAGCUCGAGUGGCACAUCCGCUCCAACCAGCAGCUGGUGCCCAGCUACUCGGAGGCGGUGCUCAUGGACCUGGCCGGGAUGAGCGCGCGCUGCGGCGGGGGCGCGGCGGGCGGCUACGCGCCCACGUGCCGCUACGGCGGGGUGGGCGGCCCGGGCGCCGCGGGCUUGGCCGCGUACCGGCGCAGCUGCGAGCACUGCCAGCGCGCCGUCAGCAGCUCGUCCAUCUUCUCGCGCAGCGCCUUGAGCAUCUGCGCCAGCCCGCGGGCCGGCCCGGGGCCGGGCGGCGGACCGGGCUGCGGGGGCAGCCGCUUCUCGCUCGGCCGCCUCUACGGCUCCCGGCGCAGCUGCCUGUGGCGCAGCCGGAGCGGGAGCGUCAACGAGGCGAGCUGCCCCACCGAGCAGACGCGGCUCUCGAGCCAGGCCAGCAUGGGGGACGACGAGGACGACGACGACGAAGAGGAGGCCGGGCCGCCGCCGCCCUAUCAUGACGCCCUCUACUUCCCGGUGCUCAUCGUGCACCGGCAGGAGGGGUGUCUGGGCCACAGCCACCGGCCGCUGCACCGCCAUGGCUCCUGCGUAGAGACCUCACUGUGACCCCGGCUCCCUGGACCGGCCCGCCGGCCUCCUCCCCGCCCCUCGCCCGACGGUGCUCCCUGCGUGUAGCAGGUGGAGUCACGCUGGUGGUGGCCAGGGCUGUGCUGGGCACGGCGGGGGUGGGGUGAGGGGAGGUGAGGGGGAGCGGGACAGACCCCCGAUGGGGCCGACCCUCCCCCUCCCUGUACAUAAAGAGACAGCUGGGGGGAGGGGUGGGCCGCUCCGAGAGAACCCCCCCCCCCCCGCCGAGCCGUCUCUAACAGCCCCGCCCCGAGUCCCUAGGGAGACCACCUCCCCUUCCUACACGCACACUCGAGUUUUCCCGUCCCGUCUUUCAACGGAUCCUCUGACUGUUAGGUGGCGACUGUGCUGAGGGCUCCGCGUUGGGCCGGGUCUCCAGGGAGAGGCCCUCGCGGUGCAGCUGGGGCGGUUUCGAGGCGGGUCGAGGGGAAGGGCAACUGGGGUUUUCCUUCCUCCGCGGCCUGGCCCCACUGGGGCCUCUCUCUACCGGGGCGGGGGGGCCGUGGUUUGGAGAACAGCAAGGCUAGCUUCCAACCAAGCUAAUGAAUUCAGUGGGUCUGAGGCCGCGGCCGGGUGUCGGCCGCGACGCUCCACCUCAAAGCCGGGGGAACGGCUGCUCUUCUCUUCUUGGCGCUGGCCCCGGAGAUGAGAUGAGAUCGGGAUUUCCUUUCUGCCACUCCUUCCGCUGUUGGCUGUUGUUUAUCUCACUGGCCCCGGGAGGCUGGGUCCCAGGGUGGGGCUGGGGGGACUGUGCUCACCUGCAGACGUCACCUCCCUUCUCACCUGUUCCCUGGCUCUGAAGAGCUGCUGGCAAGGGCGCGGCGGGGAGGCAAACUGUGGAGGGCAGUGCACCUCAGUCCUUUAAACUGCAGUCUCCUCAAGUGGGUUCUGGGAGGGCACUCCCUUCAGAGAGGGUGGGAUACCACCCAGGUGGCAUUCCUUCAAGCAGGCCAAGGUGGGGGGAGUGGGACACAGGCCUGGGUGACAAGGGGAAUUCUGGAAGCAGGUGGGAGUCGAAGAGGAGAGGGCAGUGAAAAGAGCCCCCUAGAGGUGAGGGUGUCAGUGGGGUGGCCCUUGCCUCCCCUGCACCUGCGGGGAGGAGUGGAGAGUGAGUCCCCAUGCAGAGCCUCUGCAGGGCCAAGGAUUUUGUCACCAGCCCCAGCUGGAGAAAGACUCAAUUCCAGCAGCAGGGCCAGAGGCAGGAGUUGUUGAAAUCUUGCUCAACUCCCCUGUCCUGCCCUAGCUUGUGAGCUGAAGCCCUGCUGUGUGUCCCAGGGUCUUCAAAGGGGCAUCCUGCCAUCGCCCCAGGACGCUGGCCCCACGUCCUGUUCCCUCCCCACUCCUAGCCUGAUGUGCUUCCGUGUGCAUGUCUGUGUACAACCCCCCUGCCCUCCCCACUCCCUGGCUAAAGUUUUCCCAGCCGAUUUAUCGCCCAGGGAUUGAGCUCACAUUUCCAGCUGGAGAGGAUAACCCUGGGGCCUCGAGGCUGCUCACCCUGCUGCUUCUCCCCGUGCCUGAGCCAUCAGAGCUCUCCUUCCCCCUCCUUCAGCCUCUGCCUUCAUCCUCCAGCCUGGCCAGGCCUGCAGCCCCGAGGGCGUGGCCUCCACCUAUGCAACAUCUCCUCUGGCUCCCCUUCCCUCUUUCCUUGGGGGACUGGGGGGGCACAGACUGUGGGCACACCCUGGCCCCGGGCCCAUCCAGGUUGAGCUUAACUCUCACAUGGAGAUGGCUGAGUGGGAAGGGAGAGGAGGCCGGAGGAGGGGAGGCGUGGGCAGGAGGGAAGAGCUGCCUGCUAGGUCUCCCUGGGCAGCAGUGCCCACCUACCUUGCAGCACUGGACCCAGAGUCUGUGCUCCUCGGGGGCCUGGCGGUUGGAGCGUGCCUCUUUCCUGUGAAUGGACAUCUGCAAGGUGCAGGUGGUAAGCUGUGGCCUGAGGCCCCAGUUCUUGGCCAGUUGGCAACCUGAUGUCAUGCUCUUGUGUGGGGCAGCCUGGCCACCUCAUGGCUCCCAGAAAGGAGACACUCAGCUCCUCCUGAGAUGGACCCCAAGCUCGGAGGAGGAGAGGGAAGGGGAGGCGCUGUUAUUAUUUUUGCCUGUAUUGACCAUUUCUGCCUAGGUCUUCUCACACAGACAGCCUCACCUCCCACACAUGCACAGAUGUAGAGAGAAACCAGUUCUUUGGGUUUUUUUUUUCCCUUGGUAGCUUUAUUGAUUGCCAGGGAAAAUGAAAACCAGAAAAUUAAUCUCUAAAAUUAAACUUUACACUGAAUGUUCUUGUUUCUCGAAUUAGAACCUCUGCUAGCAGCUGUGGCUAUGUACACUCACACACACCCUCACACCUACACGUUUGCACUCCGGAACUGUCAGAGGGUGUCAGGCACAGACCCGAGGUUGCCCAGACAGGCACACACGUGCAGUGGCUCCCAAGCCCCCUCUGGUGCUCUGCUCAGCAUCUGCCUAUUGGCAGGAGUCCCUGGAAAGCAGGCAUCCUGAGGCUGUGGUUGCAGCCUGUGACCCAUUCUCUGGACACAAGGGGCUGGAGGUUCUGGGUCCCUCAGCCCAGGGACGAUGGGGCAUGGGGUUCAGCCUGAAUCCAUCAGUCACGUCCUCUCGUGGCCUCAUGUGUAGAUGUGACUCCCAUGGGUGUGGCCCCAGGGUGGGCAGCCACAGAGUGAUGGGGCCUCAUGGAGGGUGCUUAGAAGGUUCCAUGUGGCCUGGGGACAAGGGCUUGUGGGGUGGGCUGGGCCGGGCCUGGCUGGGGAGAAGACAGGUCUCUGUCAAUUGGGUGCAUCACACUGUGGCCUUUCUGUCGUGGAUUUCCAAGCGCAAAGAUUGUAUAAAUCAAACUGGUGGAUAAUAAAGUUGCGGAUGACUCACU